AUUUGUUAAUCCGCAAUGCAAAUAAAUAUCUCGGCAUAAUCUUGUGGACACAGCUUCAAGGCUUCUCCCCAAGUGUGAACGACUGCUUCAGCUUUCUCUUACCAUCUCUAUAUUUUUGCUACCUAUUUUUCUCAACUUUUCAACAAACAACAACGAUGUCAAACCAUUUUCAAAAUCCCUUAACCACCUCCCUUAAAUCGGGUCUAAUCAAAGAAGAGCAACAACUUGACAAAGAAACAUUGAGCUUGCAAGCGGAGAAGAUAUUGUAUACUAUGGGCUUCCCUAUGGUUUUCAAAACGGCGCCGGCCUUGGAGCUUGGCGUCAUCGACACGAUUGCUGCUGUAGAUGAAGGCGUGUGGCUCUCUUCUACAGAGAUCGCGCUACGUCUCCCUACCAAACCCACCAACCCGCAGGCACCGGUAUUGUUGGACCGUAUACUGGCUUUACUUGUCAGUCACUCAAUCCUAAAGUGCCGUAUGGUCGAAACGGGAGGAAGCGGUCAAACCGGAAAAGCCGAGAGAGUUUAUGCUGUUGAACCGGUUUGCAUGUUGUUUUUCUCCAACCGUGGCGGCGGCUCCGGUGCUCUUGCAUCUCUCGUCAUGGUAGCCAAUAGCGAAGUCUAUUUCAAGACUUGGACACAUCUCAAAGAUAUGAUAUUAGUAGGAAAAGAUGCAUUCACCUCUGCUCAUGGCAUGCGACUCUUUGAAUACUAUAUUGGUUCAAACCAACGAUUCGGUGAGAUGUUUAACCGGGGAAUGUCAGAAUCUUCCACCAUGACCAUGAAUAGAGUUCUAGAAGUGUACAAGGGAUUCGAAGAUGUAAACACUUUAGUGGAUGUUGGAGGAGGAUUUGGACACGUCAUAGGUUUGGUGACUUCCAAGUAUCCUCAUAUUAAGAGCAUCAAUUUUGACGUAGCCAAGGUUAAGCUCCUCUUUAUCCAGGAGUGGAGCAUGUUUCAGGAGAUAUGUGUAAGAAUAUUUAUAUUCUAUGUGGCCUAUGUGUCAUUCGGUUUAAUUGUAAAGUUCAAGUUCAUAAAAACGUUUAUGAAUUCUAAUAUAUAAGAUGACACCGUAAUGGAUUGGUUUCAA